GCGAGCGGCGGGCAGGGAGCAGGCAGGGAAUGGGCAGGGAGCAGGCAGGGAACAGGCAGGGAAUGGGCAGGGAGAACAUGGGGAACGGGCAGGGAGCAGGCAGAGAAGGGCAGGCAGCAGGGAAACAGGGAACAGACAAGGAGCAGGCAGGGAAUAGGGAGCAGGCAAUGGCAGGGGGCAACCUGGUGCUCACACAGCUGCUCUGCUGACACCCGUGGGCAGGGAGCAGGUAAUGAGCAGGCAGGGAACAGGGAGCAGGCAGGGAACAGGGAGCAGGCAGGGAACAGGGAGCAGGCAGGCAACAGGGAGCAGGCAGGCAACAGGGAGCAGGCAGGGAACAGGGAGCAGGCAGGGAACAGGGAGCAGGCAGGGAAUAGGGAGCAGGCAGGGAACAGGGAGCAGGCAGGGAAUAGGGAGCAGGCAGUGGCAGAGGGCAGCCCGGCGCUCACACGACCCCUGUGCUGACACUUGCAGGCAGGGAAUGGGGAGCAGGGAAUGGGGAGCAGGCAGUGGCAGUGGCAGUAUCACGGGCAGUGUCCCUGUCACCGGCAGUGUCAUGGGCAGUGUCCCUAUCACGGGCAGUGUCCCUGUCACUAUCACAGGCAGUGUCAGGAGCAGAAGGGGCAGUGUCCCUGUCCCUGUCAAUGCCAGGCCAGCCCUGCUGACACCCGCGGGCAGGGAGCAGGGGCAGUGUCCCUGUCCCUGUCACAGGCAGUGUCACGGGCAGUGUCAGGAGCAGGAGAAGGGGCAGUGUCCCUGUCAGGAGCAGUGUCAGGGGCAGUGUCAGGAGCAGGAGAAGGGGCAGUGUCCCUGUCAGGAGCAGGAGAAGGAGCAGUGUCCCUGUCAGGAGCAGUGUCAGGGGCAGUGUCCCUGUCAGGAGCAGUGUCAGGAGCAGGAGAAGGGGCAGUGUCCCUGUCAGGAGCAGUGUCAGGGGCAGUGUCCCUGUCAGGAGCAGGAGAAGGGGCAGUGUCAGGAGCAGGAGAAGGGGCAGUGUCCCUGUCAGGAGCAGUGUCAGGAGCAGUGUCAGGGGCAGUGUCCCUGUCAGGAGCAGUGUCAGGAGCAGUGUCCCUGUCAGGAGCAGUGUCCGGGGCAGUGUCCCUGUCCCUGUCAGUGCCAGGCCAGCCCCCUGACACCGUGUGACGGCCAAUGGGCUCUGGCGCUCCACCUGCCAUCCCCGUUGCGCCCAAUGGCGGCGCGGCCCCGGCGCUGCGCCCUCCCCGGCCAAUGGGAGCCGGCGCUGGCUCUCGUUAAUGAUGCAGCAGUCCAGGGAAGACUAUCACAUGUGAGCUGGCCGCCUGCCAGCAUGGAGACACCGAGAGAGCAAGCUGGCGUGGAAGCGUCUGGAAGGCACUCGUCUACCUGUCCCCAGUGCUUUUAAAAACUGGACGACGUGCCCUGCAAUGAUCACUGCGUCACCGUUUGCCACUUUGCGAACUACGCAGUGACAGAGCUGCGAGCUCCGGAUCUCGGGGCGCCCGUUAACCCCUGCACCGACCCCUCGCUGGCGUGCCAGCCCCCGGGGACACGGGGGGGGAUAAAAAGCUCAGGCAAACCGGGAAAACAGCAGUCUUUGCAAAGUUGUCAUCUCUCUCCCACGACUACUACCCUCCUCUGCAGUACAGCAAUGCCGGCAGGAGUGACAUUAGUACAACCUGUGCCGUCGCUCCAUUGAGAAAACAGCUCUGACGCAGAACAGAGCAAUCCUGCCCAGCCAAAAUAAUCAUAAAGGCACUUUGGGAUCCCAACUUAGGGACGCCGGGGGAAAGGGACGCCCUGCAAAUAAUCCGAAUACGCGGCCGCAGCUCCAGCCCCAUCCUGAUCAAAGGGU